ACGCCUACCCGCCUGUGCAUCCACAUCCACUCACGUCCCCAGCUACUUCACCAACACUGUCGCGCCCUCAUACAUCCGACCGCACCCUCGCAUAAACACACACGCACAUUACAUACCAUGCUCAGCGUCAGCACCACCUUCGGCCUGGCCAACACCAGCCCCAAUGGCAUCUCAAACAGCGAUGACGCUCAAUUGGAUCUGUCUGUCUCCAAAGAAGGUGCAGACAUUCCGUCCAACAGUACUCUGGCAGUCAGCAGUGUACCUGUGCACGAUACUAAGAACGUCACCGUAAACACGGCCGUCUUUAGCGCACAGGGCCAUACCCCUAGUGGUGGCCUCUCUGAAGAAGAGCUUUUAUUACAUCUCCAUGUGCAGCGAAAGCGUCUUGCCACCAGAAAAACUCUGGCAGCUCGGCUCCUGACGGCGCAGCACACGCCCAGUGUUGAGGCGGUCUACGAAGCGGCCAAGGAUGAACUUGACGAUGUCAAUCGACGUAUUGAAAGCCUGGUCGAGUCGCAUAAAGCGUUGGCGACUCGAGAGCGACCACAGCUAGCGGCGCUCAUCAAGACCAUUGAAGGUAACGACCCUACUGCUAAGGGAAUUGAAUACCAAAAGCCAUUAGAGAUCACCAAAGAUAUGUCCAUGUUUCAAACGGGUUCGGACCCGCGACAGUUCUUGGAUGAAUUGGAGUGUACGGUUUGUGCUGUCGUGGGCGAGCAGGUCUUUGCAAACUUGUGUGGUCGUUAUCUUAUGGUAUUUACGGGCAAACCCGAUGUUUUGAGAUUGCUCAUGGAAGAGCUUAAUAAAAGAGUAAACGAAAAGCUGUCGUGGGAUACCUGUCAAACGAUCUUCCUGCGCAUCACGCUAACGGACUCUGAGCGCUGCCGUCGAAUCAACGAAUUGUUGAGCACUGGUCGAUUCUCCAAUGAAUCCUGUCGCCAAUAUGGACUGAGGAUCGGCAGAGAGUUGAGGAUCCAUGGGUGUCCAGAUGAUGAUCUGAACAUACUGGCCAUCUUGAAAUCAACCGUACCGCCUAUGGCGCUCCUCAACAUGACCACCCACUUGAUACUCCAGAGAAGGAAAAUGGGGUUUACAUCACUCAAAGAGUUUACUGAAAUCCUCAGUGGUCUUGACGGUCCCGCUGCUGACACUGUCACCUCCAUCAACGGCACAGCAGGUCCUAUGUGUCUCCCCACUAGCCCCACGUCUCCUGCAAGUCCGACGCUCAACACAGGUCCUACACAUCGUCAUCUUAACCAGGGUCGAAACCGUUAUUCGCCUACCAACAACCGGACUGGGAACAAUGGACAGGAGGCUAUGAAGCCUACCCAUCGGAAGGUACCACCGUACAACUGCGACCGCUGCGGCAAAAACUACACCCAUAACUCCACCGAUUGCAAGCAGUGCACCAAGUGCAUGAAGAUGGGGCAUUUCGCAGAGGAUUGUCGAAUUCCAAGGAAAGCAAAUAACCAGAAGAACCAGGGUUCAGGUCCAUUCUCGAAGCCCCAGCACUCCGGAUGAAAUUCAGGACGAUAAUGGUAAAGAUGGCAGCGGUGACAAAAAAAGGCGGAGCGGAUUUUUUUCCUAGCAAUUGCUUUUGCAUAUUUUCCCAUUUAUUUUAAUUUUUUCCAAUAAAUACGCAGCUUGAGCAAAGACAAU